AUGUUUACUUGGCCCACCACUCUCAUCCUGGACUUGUCCAAUCUCUACAAGAGAAACAUCCCCAUCCUGGACUUGACUGGAGCUGUGAUCCUGGAGAGCCCUGCCCUUCCUGUGACUGAGGGAGAUUCUGUGACUCUGCGCUGCAGAUACAAGGGAACUCCCUCUAACCUCACAGCUGAUUUCUACAAAGAUGGAUCCCUCAUCAGGAAUGAGACUACAGGAGAAAUGACCAUCCCUUCAGUAUCCAAGUCAGAUGAAGGACUCUACAAGUGUACCAACUCUGAAGAAGAAUCACCAGAGAGCUGGAUGACUGUGACAGGUGAUCAUGUUGAAGAAGAGUGAGGCUGAGAUCACCUGAUCACCAUAACAACCAUCAGAAUGGAACWCAUGGAAUUCUAAUAUAGAACUGUGAGUCACAAUGCUGU